GCAGGUUGCCUCCACACCAUCGCGGCAGCCCCAAACCCAGUGGCACGACUCGCUCUAUCCUACUAGACACGAAACACAGACAUGGCCGACGCUGCAGCGAUGGACGUGGACCCGCCCGCGGCGGCUGAGUCCACCGGCAAGGGCAAGACCAAGGACGACGGUAAGGGCGAGAAGAAGCGAUUCGAGGUCAAGAAGUGGAACGCCGUCUCCCUGUGGGCCUGGGAUAUCGUCGUCGAGAACUGCGCGAUCUGCAGGAACCACAUCAUGGAUCUCUGUAUCGAUUGCCAGGCGAACCAAGUCUCCGCUACCAGCGAGGAGUGCAACGCCGCCUGGGGUAUCUGUAACCACGCGUUCCACUUCCACUGCAUCUCGCGCUGGCUGAAAACGCGUAACGUCUGCCCGCUAGACAACAGAGAAUGGGAGCUGCAGAAGUACGGCCGUUAGAUCGCUAUCAAUCCCGUGUAUAUCAUGUCGCCGUCGCCUCGUCUCCGCAAUGUACAAUACGCUUUCGCCGUGUUAUGUUGAUUCCGUCAUGGUCC